GUACCUCGUGGUGAGCUCAGGCACUGAGACCCACCCUGAGACAUGCUCACAGUAGGACAGAAGCGCUGCCAGGAGGUGUCUGACGUGCAUGGUGAGCUUUAGGUUUGCUUCUCUGUGAUUCAGGCAUGUGGGCUCUUGACUCUAGAGGCAAAAUCUUCAAGGCAGUUCCGGCGAAGGGGGAGACUCAGCAGGAUUGCUGCAUGACAACUGAGCUGCUGGGAGAAGAAGAGACAUCUAUGGCUGCUGAUGAAGGCUCAGCAGAGAAGCAGGGAGGAGAGGCCCACACGGCCACAGACGGUGAAACCAAUGGGUCUUGUGAGAAGAGCGAUACCAGCAGUCACCUAAAUGCAGUAAAGCACACUCAGGAAAAUACAAAAGUCAGCCCACAGGAAGGUACCAAUAAACUAACCCGAAUAGCAGAAAAUGGGAUUUCAGAAAGAGACACUGAAGUGGGGAAGCAAAACCAUGUCAGAGCUGAUGACUUCACACAGACUUCUGUCAUUGGGAGCAACGGAUACUUCUUUAAUAAGCCGUCCCUGCAGGAGCAGCCCUUGCGGAUUACCAGCACUUUGGCUUCUUCACUUCCUGGUCAUGCUGCAAAAACCCUUCCUGGAGGGGCUGGCAAAGGGAGGACUCCCAGUGCUUUUCCUCAGAUGCCAGCCGCAGUGCCAGCCAACCUUGGGGAGGGGAGCAAAGACACAGAGGACAAGAAGCCUGUGGCCCCUGGCACUGACAUCAAGGUUCACAGGGCGCGGAAGACCAUGCCGAAGUCCAUCCUGGGCCUGCAUGCAGCCAGUAAGGAUCCCAGAGAAGUUCGAGAAGCUCGAGAUGAGGAGCCAAAAGAGGACAUCAAUAAAAACAUUUCUGAUUUUGGACGACAGCAGCUUUUACCCCCCUUCCCACCCCUUCAUCAGUCGCUACCUCAGAAUCAAUGCUACGUGGCCACCACAAAGUCACAGACAGCUUGCUUGCCUUUUGUUUUAGCAGCUGCAGUAUCUCGGAAGAAAAAACGAAGAAUGGGAACCUAUAGCCUGGUUCCUAAGAAAAAGACCAAAGUUUUAAAACAGAGGACGGUGAUUGAGAUGUUUAAGAGCAUAACUCAUUCCACUGUGGGUUCCAAGGGUGAGAAGGACCUGGGCGACAGCACCCUUCAUGUGAACGGGGAGAGCUUGGAGAUGGAUUCAGAGGAGGAAGACUCAGAGGAGCUCGACGAGGACGAGGAUCAAGGAGCCGAGCAGGCCGCUGUGUUUCCCACGGAGGACAGCAGGACUUCUAAAGAGAGCGUGUCGGAAACGGACCGCACUCAAAAGAUGGAUGGCGAGUCUGAAGAGGAGCAGGAGUCGGUCGGCACCGGGGAGGAGGAGGAGGAUGGAGAUGAGUCUGAUCUGAGUUCUGAGUCCAGCAUCAAGAAGAAGUUUCUCAAGAGGAAGGGGAAGCCUGAUAGCCCCUGGAUCAAGCCGGCUAGGAAGAGGAGGCGGAGAAAUAAGAAGAAGCCAAGCAGCGGGCUGGGUUCUGAAACUUAUACGUCGUCUUCAGGAAGCGCAGAGCAGACGGCACCAGGAGACAGCUCGGGGUACAUGGAAGUUUCUCUGGACUCCCUGGAUCUCCGUGUCAAGGGGACGCUGCCCUCACAAGCAGAAGGGCUGGCCAACGGUCCCGAUUCGGUGGAGACUGAUGGUCUCCAGGAAGUGCCCCUCUGCAGCUGCCGGAUGGAAACCCCGAAGAGCCGAGAGAUCACCACUCUGGCCAACAACCAGUGCAUGGCUACGGAGAGUGUGGACCACGAACUGGGCAGGUGCACAAACAGCGUGGUCAAGCACGAGCUGAUGCGCCCGUCCAGCAAGGCGCCACUCUUGGUGCUGUGUGAAGACCACCGGGGCCGGAUGGUGAAGCACCAGUGCUGUCCUGGUUGCGGCUACUUCUGCACGGCGGGUAAUUUUAUGGAAUGUCAGCCUGAGAGCAGCAUCUCUCAUCGUUUCCACAAAGACUGUGCCUCUCGAGUCAAUAAUGCCAGCUACUGUCCCCACUGUGGGGAGGAGACCUCCAAGGCCAAAGAGGUGACGAUCGCGAAAGCAGACACGACCUCCACGGUGACGCUGGCCCCUGGGCAGGAGAAGAGCUCUGUGGUGGAGGGCAGGGCUGACACCACCACCGGCAGCGCUGCUGGACCACCACUCUCAGAGGAUGACAAGCCGCAGAGCACAGCUCCCCCGGUGCCCGAGGGCUUCGACCCCACAGGGCCGGUUGGGCUGGUGAAGCCGGCCCCUGGCCUUUCCCAGGGACCAGGGAAGGAAACCUUGGAGAGCGCUCUCAUUGCUCUGGACUCGGAGAAACCCAAGAAGCUUCGCUUCCACCCGAAGCAGCUGUACUUUUCCGCCAGGCAAGGGGAGCUGCAGAAGGUACUACUCAUGCUAGUUGAUGGAAUUGACCCCAACUUCAAGAUGGAGCACCAGAACAAGCGCUCCCCCCUGCAUGCCGCAGCGGAGGCUGGCCACGUGGACAUCUGCCACAUGCUGAUUCAGGCGGGCGCAAAUAUUGACACCUGCUCGGAAGACCAGAGGACCCCAUUGAUGGAGGCGGCAGAAAACAACCAUUUAGAUGCAGUGAAGUACCUCAUCAAGGCUGGGGCCCUCGUGGAUCCUAAGGACGCAGAGGGCUCCACCUGUUUGCACCUGGCUGCCAAGAAAGGCCACUAUGAUGUGGUUCAGUAUCUGCUUUCAAAUGGACAGAUGGAUGUCAACUGUCAGGAUGAUGGUGGCUGGACGCCCAUGAUUUGGGCCACUGAGUAUAAGCACGUGGACCUCGUGAAGCUGCUGCUGUCCAAGGGGUCUGACAUCAACAUCCGGGACAACGAGGAGAACAUCUGCCUGCACUGGGCGGCCUUCUCGGGCUGCGUGGACAUAGCCGAGAUCCUACUGGCUGCCAGAUGUGACCUCCAUGCUGUGAACAUCCACGGAGACUCGCCCCUGCACAUCGCUGCCAGGGAGGACCGCUACGCCUGUGUCGUCCUCUUUCUUUCUCGGGAUUCAGAUGUCACCUUGAAAAACAAGGAGGGAGAGACGCCCCUGCAGUGCGCCAGUCUCAACUCUCAGGUGUGGAAUGCUUUGCAGACGAGCAAGGCGCUGCGAGAGUCUGCCCCAGAGAGGCUUGUCCCGGUGGAGAAGACGGUGAGCAGAGACAUCGCUCGAGGCUAUGAGCGCAUCCCCAUCCCGUGUGUCAACGCCGUGGACAGCGAGCCAUGCCCCAGCAACUACAAGUACGUGUCUCAGAACUGCGUGACGUCCCCCAUGAACAUCGACAGGAACAUCACCCAUUUGCAGUACUGUGUGUGCAUAGACGACUGCUCCUCCAGCAACUGCAUGUGCGGCCAGCUCAGCAUGCGCUGCUGGUACGAUAAGGUGAGCCCUGCCUCCGGCUGGUGCACUGGUGCGGACGGCCGGCUCCUGCCCGAGUUCAACAUGGCAGAGCCUCCCCUGCUCUUCGAGUGCAACCACGCCUGCUCCUGCUGGAGGAACUGCCGGAACCGCGUGGUGCAGAAUGGCCUCAGGGCAAGGCUGCAGCUCUACCGGACUCAGAACAUGGGCUGGGGCGUGCGGUCCCUGCAGGACAUCCCGCUGGGCACCUUUGUCUGCGAGUAUGUCGGGGAGCUCAUCUCUGACUCCGAAGCCGACGUUCGGGAAGAAGAUUCUUACCUUUUUGAUCUUGACAACAAGGACGGGGAGGUGUACUGCAUCGACGCGCGCUUUUACGGGAACGUCAGCCGCUUCAUCAACCACCACUGCGAGCCCAACCUGGUGCCCGUGCGUGUGUUCAUGUCGCACCAGGACCUGCGCUUCCCCAGGAUCGCCUUCUUCAGCACCCGCUUGAUCCAGGCCGGGGAGCAGCUGGGGUUUGACUAUGGGGAGCGCUUCUGGGACAUCAAAGGCAAGCUGUUCAGCUGCCGCUGCGGUUCCCCCAAGUGCCGGCACUCCAGCACAGCCCUGGCCCAGCGGCAGGCCAGCGCUGCCCAGGAGGCCCAGGAGAAUGGUCUGCCUGACACCAGCUCCUCCACUGCCGACCCCCUAUGAGACGUGGCCGGCCUCGGGGUGCCGGGAGCCAGAUACUGUCCACACUGCAAUUUAGAGAGGAAGAGAGAAGUGCACAAGACAGCGGAGGGUCCCGCUCUGGGGCUGGAGGGUCUGAGCCGAGGCUGCCAGGCCUGACAUGGCAGUCUGUGGGCGGGGGUCAGGUGUUCUGGACCCGAGGCCUCCAACUGGGAGCGGAUGCUUUGGAGCACCCUGGGAUUCCGCGCUGGCGUGACCUUGUGAGUUUCUGAUGGUGGUUUUGUCGUUUCCACGUUUCUCGUCUCCCCUCUGCUCUCUGUGGUUCCCGUUCCACCGCUGGGCUGGUUGGCAACGUCCUGUCGGCCCAGACUCCUCCGUGUGGUGCCGCCAAAGCCACUGUCACCCGCAAGCUGCUCCGUUAGACCCGUCUGCAGCCAGCGUGGCUGGUGCCGGUUCCUGGGCACCACGCAGACACCAUCUCCACCGUGAUCUGAGAGAGGUCGGGCCAAGCUGCCACUAACUUUGGAGAAAAUGUGGGUUUGCUUUUUAAAGAAAUCCUAUAUCUAGUCCUAUAUAUCAGACCUCUAAUGCGCUUCCUUUCGAGGAAGCGGUUUGGUGGGUGCAGGAGGGCCCCGGCCCACGGAGGAGCCCGCACCAGCCCUGCCAGUGUGGUAACACUGGCGCCUUCUGUUGAUUUUUAAGCCACAUGCUAUGAUGAUGAAUAAACUGAUUUAUUUUCUACCAUUAUUGAACAUUAGGACAAACAGAAAAUAAACACAAAACACAGACAACGGUGCUGAUUCUGGUGUGGUUUCUACUCACCAUGUGAAAUAAAUAUCAACUGUAUAAAGAGAACAAAGUGAUUUUAGAAUAAAAUGCAGGAGAACACUUUUUUAAAUGUUAGUCUUGUAGUGAAUAAAUUUGCCAUCACCUUUUGUGUGACGGCCCGGCAGGUCAUAUCCUUCUUUUUGGCAUACUUUUUUAAAUACUGUAAUUAGUGCAGUAACAGUGGGGUUUUUUUUGUGCGAUCUUCUAAAACAUUCAUAAUGCAGUCAUGUUUAUUUUUUUCUGUUAAAAUGUUUUUGACAGUUUUAAGAGCAGUCUUUUGGCUCAGACCAUUUCUUGUUCUGUUUUCAAUGAAAUCAAUAAAAAAAAAGAAGUACUUUAAAUGAGGUUUUUAUUAUGAUAUCAUGUUUCAACUGGUUUCUGCAAAACACCUAUGUUUCCUGUGGGGCGCGGUGCUCACGGGCUCACACGUGACCCCCUGGACCAGUGGGCUGGGCCCGGCCCUGUGCCCAAGUCUGAGCAAGUGGACCCGGAAGCACGCACACACCCCAGACUUGUCCUUGAAGAGAGACCUGCACCUUCCCCAGGCAGAUGUCAGGAGAGCCUUGUGUGCUGGCAUGU